CACACACACAUGCAGAUGCCAGAGAGUUCCGCGUACACAUGGGAACUGAUGGACGUAAAGGAGUCACAUUUUCGAGUUGACAAGUUUAUAGUCGUGGUCAGCGUUGAGGGUCCGUCGCUGUUGUUUUGAAGUGGUUGCCACGGUGACCGGCCCGAUGGAGUGUAGCAGGUUGUCAGCCGAGGCGGAGAGAAGCCUGCAGGAUUGUAGUGGGGCCAGAAUCUCCGGCUGUUGGUCCCUGAGGUCGAACUCCAGCGGGAGCGGCGAGGACUCGUUGGACCGGCUGUUGCCCCCCGCCAGCGCCCCUCGCAGGAAGAGCACGACGUCGCUGAGUAAAACGGAGCCGCCCUUGCUCCGCACGGGAACGCGCACCAUCUACACUGCGGGUCGACCUCCCUGGUACGACGAGCACGGAGCGCAGUCCAAGGAGGCCUUCGUCAUAGGGUUGUGUGGGGGCAGCGCCUCAGGGAAGACCACCGUGGCCAACAAGAUCAUCGAGGCUCUGGAUGUUCCCUGGGUGGUGCUGCUGUCGAUGGAUUCCUUCUAUAAGGAUUUGUCUCCUGAGGAGCAAGCCUUGGCCGUGAGUAACGACUACAACUUCGAUCAUCCGGGGGCCUUUGACUUUGGGCUACUGGUCGCCACUUUGCGCAAGCUGAAGCAGGGAAAGAGUGUGAAGAUCCCCGUGUACGACUUCACCACACAUAGACGACAGAAAGAUUGGAAGAACGUGUACGGUGCAAGCGUAAUCAUAUUUGAAGGCAUUAUGGCAUUUGCAGACAAAGAUCUUCUUCAGCUUCUGGAUAUGAAAAUAUUUGUGGACACAGACUCCGACAUCCGGCUGGUCCGCCGCCUUCGCAGGGACAUCACGGAGCGCAGGCGGGACAUGGAAGGCGUCAUCAAGCAAUACAACAAGUUCGUCAAGCCGGCCUUUGAGCAGUACAUCGAGCCCACCAUGAGGCUGGCGGACAUUGUGGUGCCCAGAGGUGGUGGCAAUAUGGUGGCCAUCGAUCUGAUAGUCCAGCAUGUGCACAGCCAGCUAGAGGAGCGUGAACUCAGUGUGAGAGCGCUCCUGGCGUCCGCCCAGCAGACGCAGACGCUGCCGCAGACACUCAGCGUGUUGGAGAGCACUCCGCAGGUCCGAGGCCUCCACACCAUUAUCAGGAAUAAAGAAACCAGCCGAGAUGAGUUCAUCUUCUACUCAAAGAGAUUAAUGCGCCUUCUUAUAGAACAUGCGCUCACCUUUUUGCCAUCACAGCCUUGCAAGGUUCACACUCCACAGGGCCUCGAGUACGAAGGCCACAGAUACGCCGGCAAAGGGAUCACCGGUGUGUCCGUCCUGCGGGCAGGAGAGACCAUGGAGCCCGCGCUGAGGGCCGUGUGCAAGGACGUGCGUAUCGGCAAGAUCCUCAUCCAGACCAAUCUGGACUCAGGCGAACCAGAGCUACAUUACCUGCGUCUGCCCAAAGACAUCAGCGACGAUCACGUCAUCCUAAUGGACAGCACUGUGUCCACCGGGGCCGCUGCCAUGAUGGCCGUUCGAGUGCUUCGGGACCACGAAGUGCCGGAAGAGAAGAUUCUGCUGGUGUCGCUGCUGAUGGCAGAGCUCGGCGUGCACUCGGUGGCCUACGCCUUCCCCAAGGUGAAAAUCAUCACCACGGCUGUGGACAAGAGCCUCGACGACUCGUUGCACGUCAUUCCUGGUAUCGGGGACUUUGGGGACCGCUACUUUGGCACGGAUGGAUUUGACAAAUGCACUGACGAGGCCACCCGGGAACAGCUGCCAUACUGCUGUGCGAAACACACGACGACUUGAAAAGUUGAGUUUACGCUGUGUUAUUAACGUGGUUAAAGGCGCUUGUUGAAAUGUUCUCUUUGACAGCAGGCGAGUUGGGGUCCACUUGCAAGCGUGUUGUUUUAUUGACAACAUCAGGAAUCUUGUUACUUCGAGACAGCGGCAGUGCCGCGACGGUACGCAAUAACUGUUCAUAUUUGACACGGUUUUAUUCAGGAGUUCACUGCACCAGCUUUUCGUUCAAACGGUGUUAAUGUCCUGAAACGUGCAUACUUUGCUCAUUCUGGCAAGGUUGCAGCGUUACCAGCAACAUCACGGGAGAAAAAAAAGACUUUACAGAAAAACAAAAUACAGACAUAAGGUCAACAUAGCAGCAAUAUUGUAACAUAAACAAAUAUCUACUUUUUUACACUAUACGAGCAAAUAUAUUUUCUCCAACUAUAUUACUAUCUAAGUUCCCUGUUCAGAAAUAAACCUUCAAUUUUGUAAAAUCUUGACUUAUUCCUGUGAAUUCCCAUGGAACGUUUCCAACUUAUAUAUCUUUUUCACAGGGUUUAAGAACAAAGUUCAUCAUCAAUGUGUGCACUCGCUGGACACUUCAUUAGGUACAUCUAAUGGUCUGCUUUUCUCAAUCGCUACAGACCUCCAAACUUCAUGUGGCCUUCGGAUUAGCUUAAGAACAGUGCGCAGAGAGCUUCGUGGAGUGGGCCGCCACUCGACUCUUGCGGCAGUGCGAGGCGUUCUCUGGAGUGACCAAUUUCACUCAAUAUACAGCAAAUGUAUUAGAGACGACUCUUAGUGCCGUUCUGCAGCCACGAUAACAAACAUGGUGUUAAAGGAAUACUUCUCCGAGUGUCAAUCAGCAUGAAAGUAGCACAAGGUGUUAAGGAGGUGUGGUCGUACUGUAGUCGCUUCAAAUAUAAAUGAAAUGGAACCCGGAUUCAUGUCUUUGACCAAAAUCUGCAUUUUUUUAUUUUUAUUUUUUUCCCCAUAAUGUCAAAAUUAUUUACCUAAGAAAGCCAAGUACAGUAGUACCUUGACUUAAGAGUUGAAUUUGUUCCGUGACGAUGCUCGGAUCGCAAAUCACUCAUAUCUCUAUUUAACUUUCCCCAUUGAAAUGAAUGGACAUGCCAUUAUCUUGUUUCAGCCGCCCCAAAUUUUGUAAUGUGUGUAUCAAUAAGAAAAAGUAGCACUGUACAGGAUUUGACUGUAUAAAAAUAAAAUGUAUAGAAAUAUA